AAGGGGAAACACCAAAAAUAUCUAGAACAGAAAAAUAACUAAUAAAAUUACAAAAAUGUCUUGCUUAACCCUAAAACGUUCUCGUCGCUUUGAGGAUGAAGCUUACGAUAAAUAUUCCCCAAAGCCAACUCGCAAGCGCAGCAAGAUCCUUCGAAAAGAAAAGCGUUCGCACCCCAUGGAAUGGGAAGGUUCAGAUAUCUAUCCCGCGAAGCGACUGUGCAAAUAUGGUCUGGAAACCAAAGCAGAAAAUCUUUUACCUCUUCAGAGUCCACCGACGGAGGAUAGCUCCAGUCAAAAGGAGCAGAAACUAUUUACUUUCAAUCAAUUGCAUGCCAUGUGCUCUAGCAUGAUCAAUCAAAGCGAAAAACAACUAACUGACUAUUACGAAUUGAAGCUGAACGAACAGAUGACUUUACAAUAUGACACAUUCAUUAAGUUCACACACGACCAAAUGCAAGGAGGAGAAUUAAUCAAAAUUUCAGGUUAUCUUUCAUAAAAAAUUCGACCCAUGUUGUGUUCUAGAGUUGAUCUCGUUAUUGCUUGAAUAAAAUGCUUUUAAAUCUA